GUUGUUGUCCCCCUUUGAGUCGAGACCGUAGUCUUCACCAGAGCCGAAGGACGCGGCCAACGCUUUCCCAUCGGCCAAGAAGAAGAAGAAGAAGAAGAAGACCCUCAACGACCUGAGACUUAGAAUCCCCAGUAGGACGAACAAAAUCGAUUCAUCCUCCUCCUCCUCCUUUUGUUCUUUCUUUAUUCUUUUUCUUUGGGAAUCUUUAGAGGAAGUCUGGAAUUGGUCGGAUCCCCGAGAAUGGAUUGUUCCUGAGCCUUUUCGGUAGUUCGCACAUUUUUAUCGAGGGCGGAGGUACUCGAAAUCUGAUGCGUUUUCUUGUUCUUGGUGGCGUUGGUCGAGGUUCUUGGGAACUAUUGUUGAUUUGGGUGUUGUAGGUGGUCUUUGUUAGAAUUUAGUUCAGAGAAGCUUUUGCUUUGGCUGGAUCUUGGUAUUCUACGAUUAAUUGCCUGGGAUUGUGUUGAUAUUGUUAUCGAUCGUCAUCUAGGGUUGCGCAUGAAUGUCUUGGUUUUGAUCCCAAUACCCAUCACUUCUUUCUUGUGAUUCCAGACAUAAGUGGCGUCCGGUAGAGUUUGAGUUCUGUGUUUGUUAAGAAGGCCAAGCGAUGCGUAACGUUUUCUUGUGGGACAAUCGAGUGAUGGAAAGUGCCCAUCAAGCCGGCCCUAAAGGGGCUACGAAUGAGGGGCUGACAGACGGCAACCAUCAGGAUGAGACCGAGCACAAGGAAGCCCCAUGUGGUGGGGAAGGUCAUGCCCCCUCUGAAGAAGAUGAGUCCAAGAUCAAUGUGGCCUUGGAAGAUUUAAACGGUAACCAGAUAACGGAUGCAACACCGCUCGCGAAACAGACUGCUGGUCUCCAGAAGCAGGAACAGCAGCCACCGGGGCCAAUCGUACGCUGGGAGAGGUUUCUUCCGGUCAGAACACUUAAGGUUUUACUCGUAGAGAAUGAUGAUUCCACCCGUCAAGUUGUCAGCGCUUUGCUUCGCAACUGUAGUUAUGAAGUCACUGCUGUUGCAAAUGGUUUGCAAGCAUGGAAAAUAUUGGAACAUCUAACUAAUCAUGUUGACCUCGUGUUGACUGAGGUGGUCAUGCCUGGUUUAAAUGGCGUUGGUCUUUUAAGCAAAAUCAUGAACCAUAAAACACGCAAGAAUGUACCUGUGAUUAUGAUGUCAUCAAGCGAUUCUAUGGGUACAGUCUUUAAAUGUCUGUCAAAAGGUGCAGUUGACUUUUUAGUGAAGCCUAUCCGCAAGAAUGAGCUUAAAAACCUUUGGCAGCAUGUGUGGAGGAGAUGUCACAGUUCCAGUGGCAGUGGCAGUGGCAGUGGAAGUGAAAGUGGCAUCCAAACACAGAAAUCAGUUAAGUCAAAGAGCUCGGAUGACACUGACAACAGUAGUAGCAGCAAUGAUCAUGAUAAUGAAAGUAUAGACCUGAAUGCAAGAGAUGGCAGUGACCAUGGUAGUCGAACUCAGAGUUCCUGGACAAAAUGUGCUCCGGAGACUGACAGUCCCCAACCUAUGUCUCCUUUAGAUCAGUUAGCUGAUCCACCUGAUAGUACAUGUGCACAAGUCAUUCGCCCAACGCCAGAAACCUUCAGUAAAGAUCAGAUGCCUACAUCUGCCAUUAGAGAGAAUCAUGGUAAAAAGAAACCUUCUGAUGAUUGCAUGGGGAAAAAAAUGAAGAUUCAAGAAUGCAGGAAACCAGAAAUGCAAUAUGAAAGUCAUUCAACCGAGCAGGAUUUUAUCAAGUUAGCAGACAAGAAAAUGGACAAAUUGCCUGAAAAGGACUCCAAGAAUAAGGGCCAUCUUGGCACUUUUCGUAACGAUUCGUUCAAUGAUCCAAAUGCUCAAGCUGCUAAUCUGAUUGAUGCAGUUGGCAAUAGCUCUGACUCUCGAGUGGUAACCAGGAUUGCUCAGGCUCCUAGUGGUUUUUCCAAGGUUGUAGAAGAGCAAGAUAAGAUUAAUCACACUUCAAUAGAUUUACCAUCCGUUGAGUUGAGUUUGAAGAGGUUGAGGUCAAUUGGCGAGAGUGGAACUGCCAAUCAAGAUGACCGCAAUGUCUUAAGGCGCUUAGAAUUGUCUGCAUUCUCAAGAUAUCACACAUCUGCCACUUCUAAUCAAGCUCCCACUGGAUGUGGAGGAAGCUGCUCUCCACUUGAUACCAGUUCGGAGGCAAUUAAGACAGAGUCGAUGCACAAUAUUGUGUCUAGUUCAGAUGCAGGUCACCCAAAGCAAGGUUCCAAUGGUAGUAAUGACAAUGACAUGGGAUCCACUACCAAGAAUGCCUUGACACAACAAGCGGCGCACAAAACAAAGACAGCAGCAUUUACAUCAACAGUCAAAUGUAACCAGUCUACAGCUCGCCACCCAGUGCAGUAUCAAGCGUCAGAAAGUCAGGAGCCUGUGCAAGACAAUGUGGAAACUGUGACAGCAGCUUCAGCCACAAAUCAACCAAGGAAGUUCCAACACCAAGUCCUGGCUCAACAUCAUCGUGGUCACCACUAUCAUCAUCAUUAUCACCAAGUUCAUAAUGUACAGCAGCACAGACAACAGCCAUCACCAAAUCACAAUGACUUGUCACUCAAGAACAAGGCAGGAGCUACACACCAGUGUGGAUCAUUCAACGUGUUUAAUGGGCAUGUUGAGGGUAAUGCUGCAAAUUAUAGCAUAAAUGGGAGCAAUUCAGGCAGUAAUUAUUGUAGCAAUCGGCAAGAUGGAAGUAGUAAUGCCAUUCAAACUGGAGGGCUGAAUAUGGAGAGGGCUAAUGGACUCACAGAACAGUGUGGUCCUGGAAGUGGCAAUGGUAGUGGGAGGGGUGGUGCUUGUGGAGUAGAUCAAAACCGGUUAGCUCAACGAGAGGCUGCCUUGAAGAAGUUUCGACAAAAAAGGAAAGAAAGGAACUUCAGAAAAAAGGUCCGUUACCAGAGCAGGAAGAAACUUGCGGACCAGCGGCCACGUGUGCGUGGGCAAUUUGUGCGGCAGUCCGUGCAUGAACAAAACGGUCGAGCGGCAGACACGGAAGAUCCUCAUGACGGCCACUGUCUGGUUGCAUAAGUGCGCUACCAAUUCGGUAAAUCGUGUCUUCUCCAUUAAUGGAUAGCUCAAUAGGGUAAAUUGGGUGUGAGAAUACACUUGGAACGCUGGGGACCUGUGUGUUUGUAUCACCACUUGUUUUAUUUUACUUCUCAGAGAGGGAUUAUCUAUCAGCUACUAUUGAGAAACUGCAUUACCGAAAAUCUAUGAUGUUCCUGUUUUUUUUUCAA